AUGGCCACUGCUUCUGCCAACAUCUCUAAGAAGAGAAAGCACGUCGCCGAAGGUGUCUUCCGAGCCGAACUCGACGGAUACCUCCGAAAGGAACUCGCUGAGGAUGGCUACUCCGGCGUCGAAGUCCGAAUCACCCCCAAGCGAACUGAGAUCAUCAUCCUCGCCACCCGAACCCAGAACGUUUUGGGAGACAAGGCCAAGCGAAUCCGAGAAUUGACCGCUUUGGUCCAGAAGCGAUUCCAGAUCAAGGACGGCGCCGUCGAGCUCUUCGCCGAGAAGGUCGCCAACCGAGGUCUCUGCGCCAUCGCUCAGUGCGAAUCCCUCCGAUACAAGCUUGAGGGUGGUCUUGCCGUCCGACGAGCUGCCUACGGUGUCCUCCGAUUCAUCAUGGAGUCUGGAGCCAAGGGUUGCGAAGUCGUCAUCUCUGGCAAACUGAGAGGUCAGCGAGCGAAGGCCAUGAAGUUCACCGACGGACUCAUGAUCCACACCGGUCACCCCGUCACCGAGUACGUCGACACCGCCGUCCGACACGUCAUGCUCCGACAGGGUGUCAUCGGACUCAAAGUCAAGAUUAUGCUCCCCCACGACCCCGCUGGAAAGGUUGGACCUAAGACCCCCUACCCCGAUAUCGUCGAGAUCCGAGAGCCCAAGGAAGAGGUCAUCCCCGUCGAGCAGCCAGUCGCCGCCCCAGUUGUCGAAGCCUCCGCAUAG